AAUUGACAUCAUUACAAUGUGUUUUCCUUAACUUGACAGGAAGUCAACUUCAAGCACAUUGACUUGAAUUGGGAUCUCAUUUAGGAAGCAAUGAGCAAUGCAAAGAGCUGGCUUGGACUUGGCAUGUCCUUGUACUUCUGGGGAUUGAUGGACCUUACGACCACCGUUCUCUCGAGCACACCAACACCACCAGGCAAAUUAAAAGCGCUCCUGUCAGACAAGCCACAGUCACACUCAAGGACAAAGAGGAGCUGGGUUUGGAACCAGUUUUUUGUUCUGGAAGAGUACACUGGAACUGACCCUUUGUAUGUUGGGAAGCUUCAUUCAGACAUGGACAGGGGCGAUGGAUCCAUCAAAUACAUCCUCUCAGGAGAAGGUGCAGGCAUCGUGUUUACCAUCGACGACACCACUGGGGACAUUCAUGCCAUUCAGAGGCUUGACCGAGAGGAAAGGGCUCAGUACACUUUAAGGGCUCAAGCCCUGGACAGGCGGACAGGCAGGCCAAUGGAGCCGGAGUCAGAGUUCAUCAUCAAAAUCCAAGACAUCAAUGACAAUGAGCCCAAGUUUCUGGACGGACCUUAUGUUGCCAAUGUGCCAGAAAUGUCACCAGUGGGGACCUCUGUUAUCCAAGUGACAGCCACCGAUGCUGAUGACCCAACCUAUGGCAACAGUGCCCGGGUAGUAUACAGCAUUCUCCAGGGCCAACCAUACUUUUCUGUGGACUCCAAAACAGGUGUAAUUAGGACGGCACUCACGAACAUGGACCGAGAAGCCAAAGAAUACUAUGAAGUGAUUAUUCAAGCUAAGGACAUGGGAGGGCAACUUGGAGGAUUAUCUGGGACCACAACGGUCAACAUCACCCUCUCAGAUGUCAAUGACAACCCACCCCGCUUUCCCCAGAAACAUUAUCAGAUGAGUGUACUGGAAUCGGCUCCCAUUAGCUCCACUGUGGGGAGAGUGUUUGCCAAGGACUUGGAUGAAGGAAUCAAUGCAGAGAUGAAGUACACUAUUGUGGAUGGAGAUGGUGCUGAUGCCUUUGACAUUAACACAGAUCCCAAUUUCCAAGUUGGCAUCAUAACUGUGAAGAAGCCCCUGAGUUUUGAAAGCAAGAAAAGCUACACCUUAAAAGUGGAGGGAGCCAAUCCUCACCUAGAGAUGCGGUUUCUGAACCUGGGCCCCUUUCAGGACACAACCACAGUGCACAUCAGUGUGGAAGAUGUGGAUGAGCCCCCUGUAUUUGAACCUGGCUUUUAUUUUGUGGAGGUACCUGAAGAUGUGACUAUUGGAACAACCAUACAGAUCAUUUCUGCCAAGGACCCAGAUGUGACCAACAACUCAAUAAGAUAUUCCAUUGACAGAAACAGUGACCCUGGAAGAUUCUUCUAUGUUGACAUUACAACAGGUGCCCUAAUGACCGCAAGACCCCUUGACCGGGAAGAAUUUUCUUGGCAUAAUAUCACUAUCCUUGCUAUGGAAAUGAACAAUCCCUCCCAGGUUGGAAGUGUUUCUGUCACAAUCAAAGUCUUAGAUGUGAACGACAAUGCUCCAGAGUUCCCCAGAUUCUACGAAGCCUUUGUCUGUGAGAAUGCCAAAUCAGGGCAGCUGAUCCAGACAGUGAGUGCAGUGGACCAUGAUGACCCACACACUGGUCAGCACUUCUACUACAGCUUGGCUCCCGAUGCUGCUAACAACCCCAACUUCACUGUAAGGGACAACCAAGAUAACACUGCCCGCAUCCUAACCAGGAGGUCUGGCUUCCGGCAGCAGGAACAGAGCAUCUUUUACCUGCCAAUUCUGAUAUCAGACAAUGGGCAGCCUGUGCUUAGCAGCACAGGCACACUGACUAUCCAGGUGUGCAGCUGUGAUGACAAUGGCCACGUCCUGUCCUGCAGCCCUGAAGCCUACAUGCUCCCAGUCACUCUGAGCCGGGGUGCCCUCAUCGCCAUUCUGGGCUGCAUCUUUGUCCUAUUAGUGCUGGUGCUGCUGAUCCUGUCCAUGAGGAGGCACCGGAAACAGCCCUACGUCAUCGACGACGACGAGAACAUCCACGAGAACAUCGUUCGCUACGAUGACGAAGGCGGCGGCGAGGAGGACACGGAGGCUUUUGACAUCGCGGCCAUGUGGAACCCGCGGGAGGCGCAGGUGGGCGGCGCCCCCAAGACGCGGCAGGACAUGCUGCCCGAGAUUGAGAGCCUCUCCCGCCACGUGCCUCAGACAUGCGCCGUGAGCAGCACUGUCCACAGCUACGUGCUGGCCAAGCUCUACGAGGCCGACAUGGACCUGUGGGCCCCUCCCUUUGACUCCCUGCAGACCUACAUGUUCGAGGGGGACGGCUCGGUGGCGGGGUCACUGAGCUCCCUGCAGUCAGCCACAUCAGACUCGGAGCAGAACUUCGACUUUCUGACAGACUGGGGGCCCCGCUUCCGGAAGUUGGCCGAGCUCUACGGAGCGUCGGAGGGGCCAGCAUCCCUGUGGUGA